CUUGUGAUAUUGCUUCCCUCAAACAAAAAGAACUCUCCCAACUCCCUCAGACAUUAAGUAACACCAAAAAUUUAAUCUAAAUUACCUCCUUAAUCGUCAAACUCACAUGAUCAUUGCACCCUAAUCCUCCAUCAUUCGCCUAAAUUUCUGCCAAAUCCACCUCUCCUUCUCCUUCUAUAUAUAUGCAAAUUAUCAUAACAAACCUCCUCAAAAAAUCAAGAACAAGAACAAGAACAGCGGCAAAGAUCACAAAGAAAGAUGGAUUAUGGACAUGGUUGUGUUGCAGAAGAGAAACGACGAGUGGUUUCAGUUCUUCAUGGAGAUGAGUUGUUUUUCAACAGAGUUAUUUCGAGAAAUCCUUCUGUAGGUUACUCUUCUCGUGUGUUUUACUACAGAUCAGGCGCAGAAGGAGUUCCAUUUCAAUGGGAAAUGCAGCCGGGGACUCCUAAAGUUCAACCUAAAGAAGAAAGCAUUCCGCCGCUUAGUCCUCCGCCGGCUUUGCUCAGCUUAGGUCUACCAAAGCCAUGCAUCGACGUUGAUCAAGAAGUUAACAGGGUUUCAUUAGGGUCGAGGCUUAAGUUCUGGAGACGUAGCAAGAAAACCAAGAAAACCCAACGAGGGUCUCGGCUUGGGAGUAGAUCGGAAAAUGCUGUUGCUGGAGGUGGUGGUGGUGGUGGGUGUGAUGCGUUUGAGAGGUUUGAGUUUUGCAGCUCUGAUGGUGAGUUUAUGACGUGGAGUUCGCCGAGGAAUUCAAGCACUUCAUCUUCUUCGUCUUCAAUGUCUUUCUCCAAUGGCGAUUCAAGGCAGUCUUCCCGAUUAGAGAGUCCUGCUAGGGAUUCUAUACAGGGAAUUCACGCUUGCAGUCCUUGGAAUUUGUCUUCUAUUCUUGUAUCUGUUGCUCGGCGAGUUUGAUAAUAUCGAUCAAUGAAUUUAUGGUAAAAUUCUUAGGUGAAUUUGGUUCCUCACAAACCAAUUCAAAACUAUAGGAUCUUAUUACUAUUAUUGUUUUUUUUUUCCCUGUAAUUAUAUUUAUAUAUA